UGCGUUUUAGUUGAAUAGUAUCUAGUGUUGUCCAGUGUGUUAUUAUGUAGCGGUAGCCUGCUGCAUGAUACAGUGUUGCGCUGCGCAAAUCCGACCAUUUCUGUACGGUUCAGGGUUAUUUUGUCGUUUGCACAGAUAGGCUCGUGCUGUUAGCCUUCACAGCGUUUGUUUGCGUCACAUUUCUCCAGUAAAACCACCGUCAGAACUCGAGAGUUCGCUCGUUUGUAUUUACUGAGACGCUUCUGUACAUUUGGCGAGCAUGGGUCGCACGCAGGAAUGUAUUUUUAGCAACACAACAGCAAUGGCGAUGCUCCGCGCGUUAGGAGAGCCGCGGGCGGCGCGGGGAGCGUCAGCGACAGCGUCGAGAUCCGUCGCAAUUGUUUCAGCGCAAAACUUUCGAUAUUGUCAGGAUGGGCGAGUGUGAAGCGCCACGGCUGUGCGCAUGCGCACUGGAGCCGCCUGGCCAAUUGCUCAGUACUCGUGGGAGAAUUUGGCUGUGUGCGGGUGUGAUGGAGUCGUCGGGCCCGAGCACAGCCGCUCCAGAGUUUGAUGUGUACGGGGCGAUGGACUGGAAGGACGGAGUGGGAACACUGCCUGGCAGCGAGCUCAAGUUCCGGGUGAAUGAGUUUGGGGUCCUGGAGGUCAUAACGGACGAGAUGGAGGAGGAGAGGGGCAAAAAAGCUCACGCCACCACCACGUGGAGCGUCCCCACUGCACAAGAGGCUCUCUCUAAGGAGCCAGUCUCAAAGGAGGAGACGUCGUGGGCCCAGCGAGGCCUCGUGUGUGUCCGCUGUAACAGGAAGGGCUCGGUGGUGGACUUCCUGUCUGACGGACUUCACUGCAGUGAGCGCUGUCUGCAGCAGGAGCAGCAAGAUGAGCUGAAGAGAGAAGGCUCCAGAGCAAACGGAGAGGCGCUCGGGAGGAAGAGAUCCCGCAUGACCGAGAGACUUGCUGAAGACUUGGACAGCUCGAUGGAGAUCGCCGAGGAGGACGAUGAAGACUACGUCAGUUCACUUACUUUUGCUCUUCAUCUUUUGUUUUCAGAUUUCUCUGGCUGGUUUUAUGUAGCAGUGACGUCGGUUCCGUAUGGAGGCAAGAAGGCGUGGUGUUGGGCCUCAUACCUGGAGCAGGAGAGAGCCAUCGCUGCCCCCAGUAAACUCUUCAAGGAGACCGUGACGCCAUCAGGUUUUAGGGUUGGUAUGAAGCUGGAAGCCAUCGAUAAGAAGAAUCCCUCGUUCAUCUGCGUCGCCACGAUUACAGACAUGGUGGAGAGUCGAUUCCUGGUGCACUUUGACGACUGGGAUGAAAGUUAUGACUACUGGUGUGAUGCAACGAGUCCUUAUAUCCAUCCGGUUGGCUGGAGUCAAGAGAACGGCAGGACCCUCACCACCCCUCCAGGAUACCCUGAUGUGAAGAACUUCUCCUGGGAGAAAUACUUGGCAGAGACCAGCUCAUUACCAGCUCCUGCUCGAGCCUUCAAAGUGAAACCUCCUCACAGUUUCCAGCUCAAUAUGAAGUUGGAGGUGGUCGACAAGAGGAAUCCUGCUCUGAUCCGAGUGGCCACAGUGGUUGAUACAGACGACCAUCGACUGCGGAUCCAUUUUGAUGGCUGGACAGAUGAAUAUGAUUAUUGGAUCGAUGCAGACAGCCCAGAUAUUCAUCCUGCCGGGUGGUGCGCCAAAAUCGGACACCCACUGCAGCCACCCAUCACUCCUCAGGACGUGUUUGAGACGUCUGAGCAGAGCGGCUGUCCUACGCCAGGCUGUAAAGGAGUGGGUCACAUCAAAGGAGCCCGCUACUCUGGACACCACAGUGCCGUGGGUUGCCCGUAUUCUGACAUCAACCUGAAUAAGGACUCGGUUCUGCCGGAUCGCUUGAGCGGAGAGAUGCCGGGAAGCGGAGUGGGCCGGCCGCGCAGAGCAGAACCAAACACAGAGAUUUCAGCUGACGCUAAUGACAAACCCGUCACCUCUGUCCCAUCACAUCCGGAUAAACCCAGCACAGCAGCCGCUGCCAUGGAGACGCCGGUGAAGAAGCCCGUCGGCACGGAGACCAAGCGAAGGGUUGGUCGGCCCUGUAAAGUCCGGAAAGUCGAGGAGCUGCCACAGGAAGAGGAACUGGAGAGUGAGGUGUCGUCAGUCACCGAAACCAAAGAGCUGACUCUACAGCAGGCUUUGCACCAGUCUGUAUUCAUGCCGUGUUCCAGCCCAUCUCCCAGCAUGCCUCACUGCUGGGAUCAGCACAGCAAACUGCUUCCAACAGUGGCAGGCAUCACAGCCAGUAAAGUGGCAGCGUGGAGCGUGGAUGAGGUGAUUGAGUUUAUUCAAGGACUUCCAGGCUGCAAGGAGCAAGUGCGCACCUUCAGAGAAGAGCAAAUUGAUGGCGAGGCCUUCCUGUUAUUGACUCAGGUGGACCUGGUGAAGAUCCUCAGCAUUAAACUAGGGCCGGCUCUAAAGAUAUAUAACUCUAUUCUAAUGUUUAAAACAACAGAGAACUCUGCCUGCAACGAACUCUGACCAGACAGACCGACAGCCAAGAGAGUUCAGAACUGCUUCAGUCAAAGGGCUCGUCAUGAAGAUUCAUACAGUACACACCACACUAUUAUACAUGAUCAACACGAUGUAGUUUAUGUCCGAAUGAGCAGGAUAAACACAUAUAUUGACAUUCAGAAUUCAUUCAGACAGCACAAGAACGUUUCUGCACUGUCAUUAAUAAUCAUAUUUGUACGCACAUGAUGAUUUCAGGUAGUGCUCUUUCAUUAUAGUGUUGUCGGUGAGAAUGUAUAUUUACUGAGGGGUUAUCGGAGAAUUAGCGCUUUUCUAAAUUCAGGUGCUAAUUGAAUUCAGCUACAUGCACUGAAGAGCCGCACAAUGUCUCAUUGUUUCUGUUAAAACUCUCCUUUAAUUCAUAGCUGGAGAUCAUUUAAGUGUUUUGAUAGAGUUCUGGAUGGAGGACUGGCAGAAGGGGGUUGAAUAUCAGAGCAUUAAAUGAACACAUGCAUCCUCUUUGAUUUUCUUGUUUCCAGUGUGCUGUGACGUCAUAUUAAUACAUCAUGCCACAGUUCUUCAUUACGGUUACAGUCAUGGAAUUUCUUUUUUUCUUUCUUUAUC